GUCUCGUCUGUGGUACAGUGUAUGUAAGGGCGCUCAGUUGAUCUGGCGCAGCUGUGUGCACUGCAGCCGACGCAAAGUGGUGAGACGGACAGCGCAGCCGCAGCAGAACAGGCGCGGACACACAGCAGCAGCUAUGGCAGACGAAAAACCCAAGGAGGGAGUGAAGACGGAGAACAAUGAGCACAUCAACCUGAAGGUGGCAGGACAGGAUGGCUCAGUGGUGCAGUUCAAGAUCAAAAGGCACACUCCUCUCAGCAAACUGAUGAAAGCUUAUUGUGAACGGCAGGGGCUGACAUUGAGACAAAUACGAUUUCGAUUUGACGGUCAGCCCAUCAAUGAAACAGACACACCCUCGCAGCUAGAAAUGGAGGAUGAAGAUACAAUUGAUGUGUUCCAACAGCAAACUGGAGGCUCUUCUCUCUAAAGACUGUUUCCUACAGACAUCCCUACCUCCCCCUCUCAUACCUGAACAUGCCCAGUCUUCAAAUGCUCAUGACCAGUGUUGAUACCAUCUAGUGGAAAACUCUUACAAAAUGCUCAAAGGCAGCAGCAACAGCACAGUUGGUGUACCUAGAUUAAACACACCGUCUUAUGUAUGUUAACAUGUAUGAACUGUGCAGUGGAGACGACCUGUAAGCUGCAGCUAAUGCGCUGAAGAAAUUAAAAGUUUCUCAUGAUCUUUUCUUUUUUUCUGGACGUUUUGGAAGAAAAACACCUUGGUCCUUUUGUUUUUAUACUUAUGUUAUUGAGGUUCUGAUUCAGAUGGAAUUUUGUUAUUAUUGUUAAGUAAGCCUGCAUUUUAAAUUCACAUCUGUUGAUAUGAAAAUGUAUUAUUGGAAUAAAUUGAGUCUUUUUUUAAACACA